GCAGUCAGUUGUUUCGACUCGGGCUGAGCGAAGCUCGGCCAACUCGAUUCGAAUUCGCGCCAAAAUUAAAUGCUGCCAAGACGUGCAGUUAUCAUGGAAAACGCGCAAUUUUUGUUUGUUUAAUAUUGCCGUUUUGAUACCACUAUCUGUGUUCACUGUAUUUGUCGAUUAAUAUUUCUAUUAUUGUGUUAGGAAACAGCACUCUUGUUCUGUUUUUGUUUGAUAACAAAAAGUGCCUGGAUUUUCGUGGAGAAAAUGUGUUCGAUAUUGUGAUCAGUUUUUGAAUUUGUUUUGGUUGACACACCAGUACUGAAAAAUGAAUAACUUUUUUUUAGUGUGCCUUUUCCUUAUCGUGAAUUUUGGUACAGCCAUGCAUCGUAAAUCAAAUGCCACACGUCACAAUCACCCUAGGUCCUUAAAGACCCUACAAGACCCUACUAGAUCGCCUUUUUCGAGCAACGACACAAGCGAGGCCUUCUCAGAAUGGACUUCCUGGAGCAGGUGUCAAGACUGCAUCCAAAGAAGGAUGAAAGUUUGCAUAAGUAUCGCUUGCUAUGGAUCCAGAAUGUACGAGGAAAGGCCUUGUCAAAAGAAAAGAUGCAAAAGAAAACGCAAAAUGAAGGAAACGUUCAAUAUCGUUCACCUAAACGAGAGCAGCAGGUAUUUGAUAAAACAAGCACCUGCGGACAUUUGGAGUAGAUGGUCCGAGUGGUGGACUUGUACUGUGGAUUGCAGGACUUUUAGAAUGAGAAGAUGCAAAAAACCAGGACGAUGUAACAAGGAAAUACAAAGGGAAGACGCUUAUUGCUAUCACGAAAAAUCCAACUGUGAAGUUUACGUACUCAACUUGAUGGGCAACCAAAACAAUUUUCAUGAUAAUAGGAGGUAUGAAUAUAGUAAUAAUGAUGAAGAUACUGUAGUGAGUAAACCUAGAAGAAAUAAUUACAGUGAGAAGAAGUGUGGUAUAGCAAGUAGGAAAUCGAAAAUGUUGAAAAUUAUUGGAGGUACAGAAGCUAAGAGGUACAAAUGGCCGUGGCAUGUAGCAGUUUUGAACCAAUAUAGGGAAGUAUUCUGCGGAGGCACCCUCAUCUCCCCGCGCUGGGUCCUCACGGCCAACCACUGCAUCCGGAAGUACCUCAAGGUUCGCCUCAACGUCCACGAUCUGCGCGCCUCUGAUGGCGGAGACCUCGAACUACCCGUCUCGAAGAUGUUCCCCCACCCCAAGUUCAACUUCAAGACGGUCGAGAACGACAUCGCGCUGCUUAUGCUCCCUAAAUCUGUGCGCACUCCCGUCGCCUGUCUGCCCAACAAACGGCCACGCACGCGCCAGCUGUGCUCGGUGAUGGGGUGGGGGAAGAUUGAUCCGGGGGAUGUGUACGGGGUGCCGGUGUUGCACGAGGCCAAGCUGCCCAUAGUCCAUCCGAAGACCUGCAGAAAGUCCUACAGGCAGUUCCUGAUCAGCGACAACAUGCUUUGCGCCGGUUGGGCGUCGGGACGCUCUGAUACUUGCGCCGGGGACAGCGGCGGAGGCCUGAUGUGCCCCAGUAGAAGGCGCAAGCGCACCACGUACAGUGUACAGGGCAUCACGAGUUUCGGGGACGGAUGCGGCAGGAGGAACAAAUACGGAAUUUAUACUCAAGUGCACAAUUACGUAGGGUGGAUCAAUUAUAUCAUUCAGCACUAUUCAUAGCUCUGUGUUUGCCAUUAGAAUCGUUGGAGUGAUAUUCCCAACUGAGACGUUGUGUUUUGGGAUUCUCAAGAUGUUUUUUGAAUGGAAUUGAAUUGUGAUUUGAUGCCUCAUAUAAUGUUCCUCAAAAAAUGAGACAAUAAUAAAUAACGGCGCUAGGACUGGGGUAAAUUUUAGCCGUUUAGCCAGUACCUAUAAUAAAAAAUUCAAAAUUUUGUAGGCAAAUAUACCUAAAAUCAUCUCUCAUUGAAUUCGAUGGGGUUUUCCAACUGAAGCUUCUGAAUAAUGCAGAUAUAUUUUUAAAUUUCGGAUCCUCAUCAUGUAUAUGAUUGUUUUUGUUUUAUUUUCAAAGUCAGCAUAUUGAGAAUGUUACAGUUAAAGGGUACUCUUCACAACAGGUAUAUGUAUAGACGUAAUUAUUUAUUGAUUUUCACACAUCACUUUCUUUUUUAAUUCUUAUAAUCUAGUCAUAGGAUGUUGACGUACAUUGAAAUAAUAAGCUCAUUUCUUUAUGUUAAGAAAUUCCGACAAAAGGGCAUUGUUUCAAGGAUUUUGACUGCAACAUGAAUAAUUUGAGAGACAAAGUGAAGAUUUUUGUAAAUAUUUAUAAUUUUUAGGAUUUUGCACUCAUACAUUUGAUAAAAUAAUAUUGAUCGACAAA